AUGCCUGUAACACCCGAGCUGCUUAAGCCUCUUGUGUCAUCCACUUUUAUUCUGGACCAUCGGCUAUCGGGCUCCUCGCUCCAAGUUGUCGCUAAGCGGUAUCUAGACCCAGCAAACCCCAUACCUCCAUCGGACAAUUCGGCAGUAACACUCCUGUUUGCUCACGGAAUUGGUCUCACUACGGAAUUAUGGCUGCCCAUUAUCAAAACGAUAUAUAAGGAUAGUGUUAAUGCUGGCCAUAAGAUCCGGUCGAUCUGGGCGGUAGAUUGUCCUAACCAUGGAGACGCCCAUAUUCUGAACGAGGAGGUACUGAAAGAUCAAUAUCCAAGCCAAUUCUCCCUUCGCGAAUACGGUGCCGCUAUAUCGACGUUCCUGUCAUCCGGUCUCCUGUCAUCCGCUGAAGUCUCGAAUCUUGUUGGCGUUGGACACAGUGGCGGCGGUGGAGCCCUCGCUGUAGCUGCUGCAAUAGCUUGCAUAUGCGGCGGCGUCCAGCCGCUCUUCAAGGGACUCAUUUGUGUAGAUUCGCCCUGGAUGCAAGACAGAUCCGCGAAACCGGCGUUCGAAGAGCUCGUGCAAGUGCUGGUUUCGAUGGAGUUAUCAAAGCCUCGUGAAUGGCCUGACAAGAAGGCAGCCGUGGAAUAUCUCUCCGCUCGGCCGCCCUACAGCAAUUUCCACCCAGACGUCAUGCACGUUCUCGAAGAAACACAUUUCAGGGCUGUCUCCUCGAGCCCUGACGAUCCCCGCGUGGCGCUGAAGACGUCGAACGAGCAAGAGGCCGCCACAUGGAACUCCACCGACGACGCGUUCGCCGCUGCGGAGCUCCUCGAACCGACUCUGAAGGCGACGCCAACGCACUUGAUCUUGGCCACCCGAACCGACAUAUGGCCUCCGCAAGUACUUGAAAUGCUCAAGCGGACGGUCGAAUCUCACAGGGAACAGCUCGCCUCUGUGGCGUACAUAGACGCGAGUCAUUACAUUCCGCAGGAGAGACCGUACGAGCUUGCGGAAGCGAUUCUCGCGAUACUCAACGCUGCUCCCGGACGUAUAUCAGACGACCAUGAGGAUUCUGUGUGACAUCUACAUGUAAGGUGGAAUGUGUGUUAUCGGUUCUUUCCCAAUCUGCAGAGGGUUGAUCCAGAUCGAGUGCCACACUGUUGAGUAAUCGAUACAUCCUUCAACCAAAAUGUGGAAUACAUGCUAGCGUCCAUGGUGGUAAUACAAGGAGUGUAUGUAGGUAACGAUACAAUGCGCGUCGUUUUGACUGGCGUCAAAUUACUGGGCUCCGGGUACACGCCGAAGUGGAUGGUGAAUGGUUAACCAUCCCGGAGCCCUCUAUCAAGCUCUGCCGCAACAUAAGAUCGCGGUUAUG